AUGGAGGCCAACAUCACUAACAUCUCCUCAGGAACGGGCCAGAAAUCAUGGGUGGAGUCCAACGUGUGUCCUCCGUCAGUGAGCGGCACCACUCUUCUGAUCGUGGCCUACAGCACUGUCAUCGCAGUGGGCUUAGUAGGCAACACAUGUCUCGUCUUCAUCAUAUCCCGGCAAAAAGAGAUGCGAAACGUCACCAACAUCCUCAUCGCCAACCUCUCCUGCUCGGACAUCCUCAUGUGCGUCGUUUGCCUCCCGGUGACUGUAAUCUACACCCUUAUGGACCGCUGGAUAUUAGGCGAGACGUUAUGCAAAGUCACUCCCUUUGUGCAAUGCAUGUCCGUAACGGUUUCUAUCUUCUCAUUGGUGCUCAUUGCACUGGAAAGGCAUCAGUUGAUUAUACACCCAACAGGGUGGACGCCAGCCGCUGGUCACUCCUACCUAGCCGUGGCCGUGACAUGGAUGGUAGCAUGCUUUAUCUCCCUGCCCUUCCUAUCCUUCAACAUCCUCACCAAUGCUCCGUUUCAGAAUAUCAGCUUGCCGUUUAACCCGUUUAGCGAUCACGUAAUAUGCAUGGAGCUUUGGCCGUCAGAACGCAACCGUUUGGCGUACACCACCUCGCUUUUGCUUUUCCAAUACUGCCUACCGCUGCUUCUCAUACUGCUCUGCUACUUGCGUAUUUUUCUACGUCUACGCCGAAGGAAAGACAUGGUCGAGCAGGCUACGGAAGCGAGGCAAAGAAAGGCACGUGGUGCUCAGCGUGUUAACGCGAUGCUAGUCGUGAUUGUGGUUGCAUUUGCGCUAUGCUGGCUUCCGCUUAAUGUCUUCAACACUAUUUUCGAUUGGUACCACCAGGCGUUGCCGGCAUGCCAGCAUGAUGUCAUCUUCUCCGCUUGCCACCUAACAGCGAUGGCGUCUACUUGUGUAAACCCGGUGGUUUAUGGAUUUCUCAAUACCAACUUUCAGAAGGAGCUGAAGGCGACGCUGCAGAGGUGUAACUGCGGAUGGGGCGUCCCGGAGACCUACGAAAGUUUCCCACUUUCAACGGUGGCCACAGAUGUCAGUAAGGUUUCAUCAAUGCAGCAUGGCUCGCUGAUUCGAUCCGAACAAUGCGCUCACUGCUGA